CUAAAAAGCAUCAAUUUUUGCAUGGCUACUGCAUAAGGAUUACUUUACAGAAACCAGUUUCUUUUUGAAGCACAUAUUUGGAAGCUGUUUUCAGGAAGCAGGGUAUUGUUUAAUGAAGAGACAUCAGAGGUGAUAAACCCUCUGGGACCUUCAAGUUGUAGUGACAAACAAUGGCUUCCACAUGGAAACUGAUUCUACUGUUGUCAGUUGUGGGGUGUCCUACAGAACAUUCUGAAGCUCUUCCUGGUCUUCCUACUUCCUAUGCUGCUUUGCUAAGAAUUAAGAAAAGCUCAGCUUCAACCCUCUCUGGUUCCAAGACAAGACCGCGCUACAAUAGCCCUUCCUUAGGAACAUUAAGCGUUUCUUCACCCAGUUGGAGAGGAGCAGCUCAACAUUAUUAUUCCCCUGUUAAUCUCUACCACUCCUCUGAUGCCUUCAAACAAGAUGAAAGUGUGGACUACGGGCCAGUGUUUGUACAAGAACCAGACGAUAUCAUUUUCCCAACUGAUUCUGAUGAAAAGAAAGUUGCACUUAACUGUGAAGUUCGUGGCAAUCCAGCUCCCAAUUACAGAUGGCUUCGAAAUGGAACAGAAGUAGACUUAGAAAGUGAUUAUCGCUACAGUUUGAUAGACGGCACCUUCAUUAUCAGCAAUCCAAAUGAAGCGAAGGAUUCUGGUCAUUAUCAGUGUUUAGCAGCCAACACUUUUGGAAGUAUUCUGAGUAGGGAAGCCAUCCUUCAGUUCGCCUAUCUGGGAAAUUUUAGCGGCCGGACAAGAAGCGCAGUCUCCGUGCGGGAAGGCCAGGGGGUUGUGCUGAUGUGUUCGCCUCCGCCGCAUUCGCCAGAGAUCAUCUACAGCUGGGUAUUUAAUGAGUUCCCUUCCUUUGUGGCGGAAGACAGCCGGCGCUUCAUUUCCCAGCAGACAGGCAACCUCUACAUUUCUAAAGUCCAAACCUCUGAUGUUGGCAGCUAUAUAUGCUUGGUGAAAAACACAGUGACGAAUGAACGAGUACUUAGUCCUCCAACUCCGCUCACACUACGUAAUGAUGGUGUAAUGGGAGAAUAUGAGCCGAAAAUUGAGGUCCAUUUUCCUUUGACAGUUACAGCUGCUAAGGGAACAACUGUUAAGAUGGAGUGCUUUGCACUUGGCAACCCGGUUCCAACCAUCACGUGGAUGAAGGUUAGCGGUUACAUUCCUAGCAAGUCCCGUCUGCGGAAAUCCCAGGCGGUGCUGGAAAUACCGAACGUGCAGCUGGACGAUGGCGGUAUCUAUGAGUGCAGAGCUGAAAACUCACGUGGAAAAAAUUCCUUUCGUGGACAAUUACAAGUAUACACCUACCCACAUUGGAUAGAAAAACUCAACGACACGCAUCUCGACAGCGGAAGCCCUCUGCGCUGGGAGUGUAAAGCCACUGGGAAACCCAGGCCCACUUACCGGUGGCUGAAGAAUGGGGGCCCCCUCUUGCCUCAGAGUAGGGUUGAGAUGGUUAAUGGAGUAUUGAUGAUCCGCAAUGUGAAUCAAUCAGAUGCUGGGAUGUAUCAGUGUUUGGCUGAAAAUAAGUAUGGAGUCAUUUAUGCCAGUGCAGAGCUGAGAAUUCUAGCUUCAGCUCCCGCUUUUGCACUGGAUCAAUUGAAGAAAACAAUAAUUGUUACCAAAGGCCAAGAAGUCACCAUGGAGUGUAAGCCCCAAGGCUCUCCAAAACCAACCAUCUCUUGGAAGAAGGGAGACAAAGCAGUUAGAGGGAACAAAAGGGUAGCUCCAGAAAAGUCCAACCCAAACAAUGGCUUCUCAGGGAAUUUGCUGGGUCAGAUCAUCCAAGGCAAAGAUGUCAGCCAAGAAGGUUAUGGAAACUGUUUGAGGAAUUCCAGGAAAAUUUCAGGAAAAUUGGAAAAAGAGCCAGGCUAUAUGGUGCCGAUCAAGUAUAUUAGCUAUGGAGUGGAUGGGAUGAGGAAAAACAAUUGGUUAGCUAGAGGUCAUAGGACAGUUUUACAGACAACAGAUAUAAAAGUCCCAAGACAACAGAGUGUACAAUGCGGCAGGUUAAUACUCUUCACCCUCAUCCUCUCCAUCUGCACUAUCUGCUCCCACCUCCUCAUAGUCCUUCUCCAGGGCAGCCAUGUCCUCCGGGGCCUCAGAGAACUCUCCUUCCUCCAUCCACUCACCCACGUACCAAUGGACAAAGGCACACUUGGCGUACAUCAAGUCAAACUUGUGGUCCAGGCAAGCCCAGACCUAAGCAACGGCUGUGGUGUUGCUCAGCAUGCACACAGCUCGCUGCACCUUGGCCAGGUCUCCACCAGGGACCACAGUGGGAGGCUGGUAAUUAAUGCCAACCUUGAAGCCAGUGGGACACCAGUCCACAAACUGGAUGCUGCGCUUGGUCUUGAUGGUGGCAAUGGCAGCAUUGACAUCUUUGGGAACCACGUCACCACAGUACAACAGACAGCAGGCCAUGCAUUUUCCAUGGUGGGGGUCACAUUUCACCAUCUGGUUAGCUGGCUCAAAACAAGCAUUGGUGAUCUCUACUACAGUAAGCUGUUCGUGGUAAGCUUUCUCAGCAGAGAUGACAGGGGCGUAUGUGACCAGAGGGAAGUGGAUGCGGGGGUAGGGCACCAGGUUGGUCUGGAAUUCUGUCAGAUCUACAUUCAGGGCACCAUCAAAUCUGAGGGAAGCAGUAAUGGAGGACACUAUCUGGCUAAUCAGGCAGUUAAGGUUGGUAUAGGUUGGGCGCUCGAUAUCAAGGUUCCUACAACAGAUGUCGUAGAUGGCCUCAUUGUCUACCGAAGACACAAUCUGAGUGCUCCAGGGUGCUGUGGAAAACCAAGAAGCCCUGGAGACCCGUGCACUGAUCAGGGCCAGCUUGCGGAUUCUGUCCAGGAUGAGGUCGAUGAUCUCCUUGCCGAUGGUGUAGUGCCCACGGGCAUAAUUGUUGGCAGCAUCCUCCUUGCCCAUGAUGAGCUGCUCAGGGUGGAAGAGCUGGCGGUAGGUUCCAGUGUGAACUUCAUCAAUGACUGUGGGCUCCGUGUCUACAAACAUGGCCCUGGGCACAUGCUUGCCAGCACCCGUCUCACUGAAGAAGGUGUUGAAGGAGUCAUCCCCUCCCACAAUGGUUUUGUCACUGGGCAUCUGGCCAUCAGGCUGGAUGCCGUGUUCCAGACAGUAGAGCUCCCAGCAGGCAUUGCCGAUCUGGACACCGGCCUGGCGGACGUGGAUGGAGAUGCACUCACGCAUGUUCGGGCUCAACCUACGCGGAUAGAACUCACUCCCAGAAGAACAGAGUUGACAGUGGGGGAGAGCGUUGUUCUUAACUGCAAAGCAAUCCAUGAUGCUAGUCUGGCUGUCUCCUUCUCCUGGACCCUCAAAGGACAGCCUAUCGAGUUUGAGAAAGAAGGCGGACAUUUUGAAAGCAUCAGGGUCCAAGCAUCCUCUGCAGAUUUAAUGAUCAGGAACAUCCUUCUGAUGCAUGCUGGGAGAUAUGGCUGCAGGGUACAGACCACAGCAGACAGUGUGUCAGAUGAGGCAGAACUUCUUGUUAGGGGUCCCCCAGGCCCCCCGGGAAUAGUGAUUGUGGAGGAAAUCACAGAAAGCACCGCCACGCUGUCCUGGAGUCCAGCUGCUGACAACCAUAGUCCGGUCUCCUCCUACAACCUGCAGGCUCGCAGCCCCUUCUCCCUGGGCUGGCAAACAGUCAAAACAGUCCCAGAAAUCAUAACAGGGGACAUGGAAUCAGCAAUGGCCGUGGAACUGAACCCUUGGGUAGAAUAUGAAUUUAGAGUGGUGGCCACAAAUCCAAUCGGGACUGGAGAUCCAAGCACCCCAUCUCGAAUGAUCCGUACAAAUGAAGCAGUUCCAAAGACAGCACCCACCAAUGUGAGUGGAAGAAGUGGAAGAAGGCACGAGUUAGUCAUUGCCUGGGAGCCAGUAUCUGAGGAGUUUCAGAACGGGGAAGGCUUUGGCUAUAUUGUGGCUUUCAGACCCAAUGGAACCCGUGGCUGGAAGGAGAAAAUGGUGACCUCUUCGGAAGCUUCCAAAUUCAUUUAUCGAGAUGAAAGCGUCCCUCCCCUUACUCCCUUUGAAGUGAAGGUUGGCGUUUAUAACAACAAAGGGGAUGGUCCUUUUAGUCAAAUCGUGGUCAUCUGCUCAGCGGAAGGAGAACCCAGCACUGCUCCCACCGACGUCAAGGCCAUCAGUCUGUCUAUGUCAGAGAUUCUUGUUGCAUGGAAACAUAUGAAAGAGAGUUUGGGAAGACCACAGGGAUUUGAGGUCAGUUAUUGGAAAGACAUGGAACCAGAAGAAGCAGCAGCAGAAACAGUCCAAACCAGGGGCAAUGAGUCAUCCAUCACCCUGACAGGAUUAGAAGGAAAUACGUUAUAUCACUUCACAGUGAGGGCUUAUAAUGGAGCUGGAUAUGGGCCGCCUAGCAGGGAAGUGAGCGCAGCCACGAAGAAAUCUCCCCCUAGUCAAGCACCGAGCAACCUCAGGUGGGAACAACAAGGCUCUCAGGUUUCUCUGGGUUGGGAACCUGUCAGACCACUAGCCAACGAAUCUGAAGUCAUGGGCUACAAGGUUUUUUAUAGGCAAGAAGGUCACAGUAUCAGUGAGAUCAUUGAAACACAAAAACCUCAAGCAGUAGUACCACUCCCUGAUGCAGGAGUCUACAUUAUUGAAGUCCGAGCUUACAGUGAAGGAGGAGAUGGAACGGCUAGCUCCCAAAUCAGGGUACCAUCAUAUUCAGGUGGAAAAAUCACAAGUGCCCAGUCGACCCUCCACACUCUAUCUACAUCCUCAUCGUCAGUAACAUUGCUCUUGGCACUGAUGAUCCCUUCAACGUCUUGGUGAAAAGUGCAGACUUGAUGGAUACGAUUUUCCAUGUGCUGGACAACAGCAGCAGAGACUGCAUAGGGUAAGGAGAGAGACCAGCACCCUCGGAUGAGCUUGAAAAACUUGGAAGUACACGUGGUGCACUUACAGGAGUUUGGGGGGACUGUUACUUAUCCAUCAGGUUUCUCUGGUUUUUGUAAAUGAGGAGGACUGUUCUUGGUCCGAUAAAAAUAUGCAGAUUGUAUGUAAUGAAUUUUUGUAAGCAAAGGUAAUUUCUGUCAAAUGUAUUCUUUACUUUUUUAAUAUGUUGGAAUUUGGUUUUAUAUCUGAUGACCCCGAGUGUGUGCCAUCAAUUUGUUAAAGGAAGUGAUCUCGAAUAGAUGUGUUUCAAACACAGACACAACACUAAGAAUGAAAAGCUUGCUUUAAGACGCUGAGUCUAACCUUGUCUAGUUUCCCUUCAGCUGACUCUUCCAAUUUGACAACCAGUGAGAGGUGGGAAAUGCUUCAGUUCUGUGGUCUAUUAUAGGAUAAGUACAUAAAUGUUUUCUGGAAAAAGACUGUGUGAUUGCAGAGUGAAAUAGCAAGAGUUGUCAAUAUGCUAUUCUAUAUGCAUCCCUAGAGCAAGUUAUUAGGGUAGGGAAUAAGCCAUUUACAUUAGUGCAAGGGAAAUAGAAAGUGAGUCCAAAUGAAAUUUAAGCGCUAUUGUGUUUCAUCAAGUACUAUGUUAUUUAGCUGAAAAUAUAGUAAAUGUUUAUUUUUAAUAACAAAAAGAUAGUUUAAAGCCACAAAAAGGAUAGGAUCACUAAAAACGUUGGGCACUGACAUGCUCCCACGGGUGCUACCUUGAAUACGGAUGAAUGGAGUACAGGACACAUUUCCCCUUGUCCCCACUCCCCCUGAGACAGAGGCCGAAAUAGGUGCAAGGUGUUCUUUUAGUUGCAACUAAUUUGAUGGACAGCCAAAUUUUGUUGUGCAGAUAAGUACAUACACAUAGAGUCUGUGGAUUAAAAUGGUUCAAGCAUAACAAAUUUUUAGUUCCUCUUUGUUUUUUCAAGUAAACUGUGGAGAGACGGCCGCAGCACCAGCUGUGCAUGACUUGACUGCGUGACUCAAGGGGGAUCCCCAUUUACAAUUUGGGGAGUCAACUGGACCCUGUGAGAUCCUAAUAUAUUUGCUGGGAAAUUUCUACGAGGUCUAGAAAAAAAGAGUGAAAGUGUCAGAGUUGGCUCCAUGCUUGUGAAGUUGCCAGAAAGGGAUGGUUAUUGCAAGAAAACAAGGAGUCUGCCUCCUCCCCGCUCCUCUCAAACCCUGGAGCUUCCCGUGAAUGUUCAUAUGACAACCGUCAAUGCCUUUGUUUUCUUCCUUUUAUAUAAUCUAAGCUAGUUCACUCCACUUAGGUCUUUAACAGUGUGGAAAAUAAAAUGAGACCAAGAUCACACUGUUGACUCUAAAGUAGUGGAAUCUGAGACAUGACUGAAGCUUCUGUUUUUAACCACCAAAAAGAUGGCUUCCGACGUAUUACAUGACUAUUAUGUUCAUUGCCAGGUCCCUUGGGAGAUAUCAGGUCAGGACAACUCUCAAGAAGAAGAACAAUAGUUAAAUUAUUUGGGUUGUCAGGUUGUUAGCGUGAGGGAUUAUUCUGGUGAAUAUUUCAGCCUUAAGUAAUACGAGCCAAUGGGAAUUCCUUGGCCAUCCGUGGAGUGGCAGAGGUUGUGCUUUGUAGAUAAAGGGAUGUAAGGGCUGUCCCCAAAUGGAAUGUGGUUUGCAGGAACAUAUUGUGCAUCUGAAGAAAGCAAUGCAGGAAGAAAAUAAACAAAUGGACAAUAAUUCUUAUUCACAUUUGAUGAAUCAAACUAUUUUAUUUCCAUAAGGCUCUAUACAGACUUGGGGAAAGACUUUGAAAAUCAAUAUAAUCAAUGCUCUUAUAAAGCACACCCCAGGAAAAUAUAAUGGCAACAUGUGGCAAAUUCAAAUUAACUAGCGUUUCCAGCUAGUUGAUGGAUGGUACUUACCUGGAAGAAUAUUUACAAAUACAAUGUCUGAUGUAUUCUAACAGGAAUCAGAGACUUAAAAUGUUUUAUCCCACAUGCACAGAACAUGUAUUUUGCAUCUUAAACCUAUUUUAGAAACAGGUAUUCAAUGUGUAUGUACUUAUGUAUUGCAUAUUUGUUACUUUGUUGAAAAUAGAACAACAUUCCCUUUAAGGUACAUGAUUUUUCUUUGUCUUUUUUUUUUUUAAACAUUUGA